UAGACCGAAAAUGAUAGAUCUAGUACUCUUCAAGACAUAUAUCUAUGCAUUUAAGUGUCAUACACAAUGCCUUGGAUUAUUUCCCAUUUAUCAUUGUGAUUUCAAAAUCUCUAGUUGGCCUUGCAAAAAUUGUUUUCUCGGAUUACUAAAAGAAUUUAAAUUCCUGGAAUAUUUACGAGUGCGCUUUCCUCUUUUUUUGUUGUUCUAAUUAAUAAGAAAACUUCAAAAAUGGCUAACCCCAACGCGAUUUCGAAUAAUCCACGCACCCAGGAGGAUCAAGGCGCUGGCCAGCUGCAAAUGGAACUGAAGAAACUUGUGCUGUGGCGCAACAUUCCCCGCACAAUGUUUGUUUUUACGAGCAUUCUGAUACUGCUGGUGGACAUAAUGAACCAUUCGGCCAUCAGUGUGGUGAGCAUGUUGGGCAUUACCGUGAUCCUUGGCGCCACGGGAUAUCGCGUCUUCGUUGAAGUUAUGGAAUUGUGGAACAGAAGGAACAACGAGGAGGAAUACUAUUCCUAUCGUUUCGAUGUGUUGCUGACAUGCAACAUACCGCAAGAGGAGACGAUGCGUCUGGCUGGUGUGGCUGUCGCCAAGUUGAAUGCAUUCGUUAACAAAAUGAUUGAGCUGCUGCUGAUGAAAGAUUUGUGCGAAUCGUUUAAGCUGCUGGCCGGUCUCUUUUUCAUCAAUAUGCUGGGGGAUUACUUCAAUGUCACGACUCUGUUGCUGAUAGGUCACAUUUUGCUGUUUACUUUGCCAAAGUUGUACGAAUUAAGGAAGACAUCGUUUGAUAAAUUGCUGCUCGAAGUGGGCGCUAUUCGGAUCCAAGAAGUGGAACCAAAGGCUGCAGAUGCAGCACCCGUGCAGGGGGCUGAACACGAGAGUUUUGAGACAGAACUUAUGGCUCAUGAGGCAGAACUCUUGGCUCGAGAAGCUGCACCCCACACUCACACUGCUGCCAAACAGGAACCCAACGAGCAAGAACCCCAAGAAGAAUCCCUUAAGGAACAAGAUCCAGUUGCAAAUUUGGAAGAUAAUCGUAAGAAAAAUCAGGAUUUGAAGUUCUUGGCUAUGUUUGAGGAGGUGCAUGACCCUGACUGCAGCUGUGUUGAAUGUGACCUGCUCGAUGUGACACUGAUGCCCAAGCAAGGCACACCCCCCAAGGAACAGAAUCUCAACUACUUCGAGGCGAUUGAAGAGCAGCAUGACCCUGACUGCAUGUGAUCUCCUGGAUGUUUGACACUGGUGUCCUAAAAAAAAAAUAUUGUAUUUUUGCUGCUCACUAUAAUUAUAUGCAAUGCUGAUCUCAGUUGGCCAUCAAAUUAGGUUUAAGUUUAA